AUAAAAAUAAAAACAAAAUACAUGUUCAUUUUUAAUUUUUUAUAUUUAUCUACUUGUUUAAUUUCCUUUAGAGUUCUCAUUACUAAUUAGCUAAUAAAUAAUUCGCUAUAGAAAUUAAUGCCAAAAUAUAAGUGACUUCGUAAUUACUAACAUGUAUUGUAUAACACAUCGCCUUCUUCAAUUACCUAGAGAAAUUAAUAACUUUAAAACAUUUUCGUCUUUACAAAAUACAUAUAGAAUAGCUUUAUUGACCUCAUGUAAAUCAAAUAAAAUUCAUAGAAAUUUUAGUAAUGUGAGUGGACAUCGCGAUUCGGAAACUCUUCGCCGAUAUUCUUCUAAGUACAUAUGUUAUGCAGUUCUUUUCAGCGCAAUAUCUUACACUUCUUACAAAAUCUGGUUGAGGACCCAUAUAUUGCCAUCUAUAACAGCAGCAGAAGAGAUUACAGAUUCAGAUUCUGACAGCGAAGCUGAUACAAAAAAGAAACGAUACAGGAGAGAAAAGAUUGGUUUUAGAGACAGAAAGAUUAUUGAAUAUGAAAAUCGCAUGCGUCAAUAUUCUACACCCGACAAAGUUUUUCGGUACUUUGCCACCCUCCAAGCACAGCACCAUGAUCAGCAUGAAGUUUUCAUGACACCUGAUGAUUUUCUACGUUCAAUGACCCCUGGUGUAAAACAACCUGAUGGUUUGGGGCUUGACCAGUAUCGAAGAUAUGACCCGAAGAGCAUCAGUCAGCGUCUCAACUUAGAUCUUGAUGAGGAUUCAAUUUUUUACAAACUCGGAUCCUCGGGACUGAUCACAUUUAGUGAUUACAUCUUUCUUCUGACUGUGUUAUCAACCUCUCGCCGUCACUUCGAAAUCGCGUUUCGUAUGUUUGACCUCAAUGGCGACGGCGAUGUAGACUGCGAAGAGUUUGAGAAGGUUGCAGCGCUUAUUCGCCAACAAAGCAGCAUCGGCUCUCGACACCGCGACCACGCUAACACCGGGAAUACUUUUAAAGGCAUUAAUUCUGCGCUGACCACUUAUUUCUUUGGUCCCAAACUCAACGAGAAAUUGACCAUAGAGAAGUUUUUAGAUUUUCAACAGCAAUUGCAAAAGGAAAUUUUAUCGCUGGAAUUCCAGAGAAAACAACCAGAUGAAAAUGGACGUAUUACGGAAGCAGAUUUUGCUGAAUUAUUAUUGGCAUAUGCAGGCUAUCCCGCAAAAAAGAAAGCUAGAAUGCUCAAACGAGUUAAAAAAGCUUUCCGUGAUCACGGCGUUGGUAUAACAAAAGAUGAUUACCUCAAAUUCUUCCACUUGCUGAAUAAUAUAAACGACGUGGACACUGCUUUGACGUUCUACCACAUUGCCGGCGCGUCCAUCGACCAGCCGACGCUGCGACACGUUGCGAAGACAGUGGCACACGUGGACUUGGAUCCACACGUCAUCAAUGUGGUAUUCACCAUAUUCGACGAGAACAUGGAUGGGCAACUAAGCAAUAGAGAAUUCGUAGCCGUUAUGAAGAAUCGACUCCUCCGCGGGUUGGAAAAACCGAAAGAUACCGGUUUUGUGAAACUAAUGCACUCACUCAUCAAGUGUGCCCGGGAUACAAAGCCAGCCAUAUUAGACUUCUAAAAAAUGUUUUAUUAGAGUAAUAAUAAUUAAAACUUUAACACUGUAAUCUAUAAAUCGAAUAUUAUCUAUUUUAAUUGUUAUAUAAUCUUUAUGUAUAAAUUUCACUAUUGUUAUUACUUUUUAUAAUGAUUAUUAUAUGUUAUUUUAUGUAUAACAUAGUCAGUUAUAUAUUAAGCUCUAACCUACUAAUGUGUUAAAUAUUCUAAUUUAUACGCUUGGCUUCUCGCACGAAUCAAACCGAUUCGUUUCGUGCUUUUUCAGCAAAACUGUUACCUUUAAAUUAAUUACUAUUGACCUUUAUGCCUAAAAUUACACGAGAUUUAUAGAUUAAUUCCUUUAUGUACAUUACAUAUGAAGGAUUAAUAUCUAAAAAAUAUAUUAUAUGACAAAAGUUGUUAAUGCAACAAACACAUUCUCACUUGUAUUUUUUUCUUAUUAAUGUAGUUUUCUUUUGUAAAAUAAUGUUGUAGAAACAUUAUACGUAAUACUGAAGAAUAUAAUAUACACUUAUGAUUUAUAUAACUUGUAAAAUUUUCUUUGGGACUUCGCAAUUUAUUAUUACGUUUAAUAAAUUUAAAGAGAAAAAUUAUAUUAAUAUAAUAAAAUAUCUUAAAAAUAAUAACUUUUCGUCUAAACAUGUCACAAAUAUAAAUUUAUCUAAAGCAGACAACUUUUUAAUAAUUAUUUUGAUACAAGAUAGAUGAAUCUACAAAAUAUGUAUUUUAUUGUUGCGAAUAUAAUUACAUCAGUUAAUUUCUGGGUAAUAUAAUGAAACAAAUAAAUAUUCUAAGCCGAAACUAUGAAUAAUAAAAUAGCAAGAAAUAUGAUUUUCAUAUAAAACAUGUGCACUCAUUAAAUUAUUAACUAACAACAAAACACUAACAGUUGCCAAUCCAGUCAAUAGCGUACUGGAUAUGAAACGUUUCAUUUUUCUAAAAUAUAAGUAAAAUUUCUCAUUCUUCUAGUCAGGCAAUUUUGUGAUGAAUUGUUUAUUUUGUAAAUGAAUUGCGCAUGCCGGCGCGUCUGUUAAAAUGGUGCCGACAGACAAAUACCACUUGUACCGUUAUUAUAAAAGCUUUUAAGUUUGUUUACUAGGGGUUUUUCUAUAAUUAUAAUAAUGAUUCAUUUAUAGAAGGUGCGAGGGUAACGGAAGGAGAAUAGCAAUGUAAUGUUAAUAAUGAAAUAACUAUGACAUUAAUGCAUUUCUUUUAAAAAGAUGGAUCCAAUAUAAAAAUACUUUUCUCACAUACCCUCCUUUCUCAUUAUAUGAUCUUAUACAUAAAAUAAUUAAAAACAAAAUACAUUUCAUACGUAACAGAAGGAAAGAUGUCCAAUGCUUCGCCAGUCGGUGUACUUUAGAAACUUAAUCCGAUUCAAUGAUUUUGGUUUGCGCUUUUAGAAUUUUUAUUUAAUCUUAAAUAGAGUAAAUGAAAAUGUGAAAGACACGAACCAAAUGAAUGUGUAGCACUAGCAACGUAUUAAUUUUGUAAUUUUAGAGUUCACUGAAAAUAGAAAUGGACAUUGUUAUGUAGGUAUUUAUUAAGCUUAGAAAUUAUUACGUUUCUAAAAAAUAACAUAAAACUUGAGUAGUAUGAAA